GUGUUUCACAGUACAUCAGGAGUAGAAUUUGUACAUUUGCUGCUUUCUCAUUAUUCGGAGCGCUGGCGAGCAGCAAUGAUAACUAUUAAAACAACAAAACGAAGCAGUCGUCUCUGCGCUUCGUCUGUCUUGCCUCACUUCUUAUGUGUACUUUCUUCCCUCUUACACGCAUAUGUUCUUGUGGCUGUCGCCAAUACUCUUUACAUCUUCUUCAUUGAUCAACAUGGCAACACUAGCAAAACGAAAAUUGUCGUGUGCCCAUGGCCGCUGUAGCAUCACAGGAAGGCCUUACGGAUCUUCUGCCCAGUAAUGAGCAAUGUGGCGGUGACUAUCCACUCUAUUCCUUCGGGCAAACCGACAGGGAGGUAACUGUGACGGUUCUUGUUCCUCCUGGAACCCGUGCCAAAAGUCUCCAGGUUGAGAUCAAAGCGAAACACCUGCGUGUCGAAGUCCCAUCCGAAGGUGUUAUCUUGGAUGGAGAACUCUACAAACCCGUUAACGUCGACGAGAGUACAUGGUGUAUGCAGGAUGGAAAGGAACUCAUCGUAACUCUCACCAAGACAAACAUGCAGUACGAAGAGUGGUGGCCACUUGUGGUACUGGGUGAACGACAGAUUGACAUGAAAACAUUGAAGCCGCCGUCUAUACGCUUCUCAGAACUCGAUGAUGGCGCGCAGGCAACAGUUGCGAAAAUGAUGCACGAGCAGCAGCAAAAAAGGGAGGAGGGUACCCUUAACCCUGCUUAG